AAUGGAGAUAAUUUAAUUUUAUAACAACAAAGUUGCUAUCAUGAUCAACCUAUAUAACAUAUUGAUUGAUCGUCAAAUCAGAUUUGAAUCGAUACCAAACGGCGUCCAACAGCGUGAUCAUAACGACAUGCAUGCCUAUCAAAUACUGCGCAACUGCAGUGCAAACUUCAGCGUUUUCUUACCAGUCCAGAACUCAAGCAAGUGUAGUAGUAGCGUGUGAUCCAAGUGUGAUCGUGGAGUGUGCGGAACUCCGCGAAUUUGUAUACUAGAUAAGGUGUUCAGCUCCAGCGCUCAUCGAUCGCGAUUAUCUCAUUGUCAAACCACGUCGCUUUCAUCGAGUUGUCACCUAUUUGCUUGACCUACUACUACCCAACUCGCUCAUGGCAUCCCUCAAGAUCUCCGUUGGUGACACUCUUCCAAAGGGCACAUUCGGUACUGUUCCUUUCACCGAAGAGUUAGCUGAUCAUUCGGCGUGUGGCAUUCCCACCAACCUCUCUACUGACAGUUGGAAGGGCAAGAAGGUUGUGCUCUUCUCAGUGCCUGGUGCUUUCACCCCAACUUGUCACAUCAACCACCUCCCGCCCUACCUUGCCCAGUACAACGAGUUCAAAGCCAAGGGUGUCGAUGUUAUCGCUGUCAUCGCUGCCAAUGAUCCGUUCGUCCUGAGCGGAUGGGGACGUGUUGAGGGACUGACAGACAAGAUAAUCACCCUCUCUGACCCCAAUGCCGCGUGGUCAGGCGGCCUGGGAUUAAGUGUCGACCUCUCCGAGCGCGGAUUCGGAAUUCGUACUGCACGAUACGCCAUGAUCAUAGACGACUUGGUUAUCAAAUACAUCGGGGUCGAGCCUGGCCCCGGAGUGACCGUUUCUGGUGCUGACGCCGUAUUGGCCAAGUUGUGAUCGAAGGUAUCGUUUUUGUUUGCGUAUUUAACGCUUACAUCUGUGAAGCUGCCUCAUUGGAACGAGCAGAUACUCUAAGUAGGUACUUGCUGGCAUUGUGUGUACAUCAAUAAAUCAAUAGAGUGAAGAAGAAUAUGUUUACCUGUC